UCACGUGAUUAUCACGUGACCUCCUACUCAACAAUAUGGACACUAACAGUAGAUAGCAACCUUUCUCGGCACAACUUUCAAUCCCUGCUGUUUCUUCUCCUUGUUAGCUUUCCAUUAAGAGCGAGAUAGGACAGAGUGCAAGCGACUGACCCGAGUAGCUCUUGACCGACCGGAUCAGAAGAAAUUAUAAAGAAAAUACUUCGUUUUCCUCCUAAAUCUUUUCACCUAAAGUCCGUCUAGGCUCAUUCUCAGUAAAGGAGUCACUUUGAAUCCUCUAUUUCUCACUUAUGGCUGACCUAAGCAACGAACCUUGGUACCAUGGUCGUAUAUCGCGGAGUGAUGCUGAACAGAUCUUGACCCAAUGUGGCGGAGUAGACGGGUCUUUUCUAGUCAGAGACAGUCUCACCACGUCGGGCGAAUACGUCCUCUCUCUCUGCCACCAAACAAAGCGAUAUCACUACCUCAUCUCUCGAAAGCCCGAUGGAACCCUUGCCAUACAAGACGGAACCAAGUUUGAUUCUCCAGUCGACCUUGUUCGGUACCACGGUCAAAAAAUCGACGGUCUCUUGACCACGUUGGUAUAUCCGUGUCGUAGGCCGCCGGGCCAGCCACCGCAAGGAUAUAGGUUCAUUACUCAUGAUGAAAUGCAGCAGGCAAUGAGGGAAGGAGCACUGCUACUGGGGUAUCAGGAACAUCAAAUCAAUGAUGCUCUGCUUAAGAGGAGGAGUGCCUUUGAGCAGCUGGUCGGUGGCAUACUACACAGGCGGCAGCAGUGGUUCCAUGGUCCCAUAUCUAGGGAUGAGAGCGAGCUCAGGUUACGCCAGUUCGGCCUAAAAGACGGUCUUUUCCUCGUGAGAGAGAGAACCCAAGUCAAUAGCUUUGCUUUAUGCAUCUCGUUCAAGAUGAAGAUCUAUCAUUAUCUCCUUGACAUGAACACACUCGGUCAGCUCUCAAUAGAAAAUGGCAGAAAGUUUGAGAACCUCCUGCAAGUUGUUGAUCAUUAUUCUCGGACCCCCGACGGCCUCUUGUGCUCUCUGGGCGACUAUUGUCCGGUUAGAGGAUUUGAGGAAUCCAAGGGUAAAUCAGCUCCUCGAGUCAGACACGGGCCACGGAGAAUAGAAGACAGUGAACUCGAAACACAAGGAGAAUUAGGUGCUGGUACAUUUGGUACAGUCAGGCAGGGCGUGUACCGCCCUCUUAGUGGGGAACCUCCUGUCAAGUGUGCUCUCAAGUUUUUGAAACCCACGGAAGAGCUUCCGAAUCAGAAAGCCGAGAUACUGAGAGAGGCUGAUGCAAUGGCCAUGCUUGAUCAUCCUAAUAUAGUUAGACUUUAUGGUAUAUGCGUAGGUGAUCCAAUUAGACUAGUGAUGGAACUUGCUGCCUGUGGCCCUUUGAACAAGUUUCUACGGAAGCAUGUCGGUUUUCCUGUUUUAAAGAUUGUUAAUAUGAUUAUACAAGUUGCCAAGGGCAUGGAAUAUUUAGAAAAGACUAGGUUUGUUCACAGGGAUCUUGCUGCCCGCAACGUGUUAGUGGUUGAUGAUGAUAAUGUUAAGAUUAGCGACUUUGGGAUGUCCCGAGCUAUUGGAGGAGGCUCAGAAUAUUACAGAGCAGAGACUGCUGGGCGGUGGCCAUUGAAGUGGUAUGCUCCCGAGUGUAUUUAUUAUGCAAAGUUUGAUAGCAAGUCUGAUGUGUGGAGUUACGGAGUCACUGCUUGGGAAGCUUUUUCAUACGGAGCCAAACCUUAUCAGGGGAUGCGUGGUACUGACAUUAUGCAGAUGCUUGAAGGGAACGAAAGGUUGGAUCGUCCAGACAAGUGUCCCCAAGCAAUUUACGAAAUAAUGCUUCGCUGCUGGUCCUGGAGGCCGGAGGACCGCCCCUCGUUUGGCGAGCUCGUAUCAACAAUUUCGGAAAUAGCUCAAUUCCAUAUGACCCAGUCCCCUCUUAGUAGACCCCCGAUGCGCCCCCCGAGACCGGGUCAUAAUCCCGGGCUGCCCCCCGGGACCCCGCCCAGAAGAAUGUAACGAUUUUUUAAAAUUUGAUUGUUUGUGUUGUUCUGGACUUUC